AUCCGCGUCCGGAGGCGCAGAUGGGCGGAGCCAGCUCGGCCCCUCGUGCCGCGGAUUUCCCCUCGCCCUCCUGCGGGCCGCGGCCUGCCAUGACAACCAUCGGGGACCUCCCCGAGGAUGUGCUGGUGGAGCUGCUGUCGCUGCUGCCCGCCCGGGAGCUGAUCCGCACCUGCCGGCUGGUGUGCUCGCAGUGGCGCUACGUGGUGGACCUGAACACCCUGUGGAAGCGCAAGUGCCAGCGCGACGGGUUUUAUCAUCAGAGCCUGGACAGAAGCAUCUCUGACUGGAAGAUCUUCUACAUGCUCUUCCACAUGAAGAAAAACUUAAUCAAAAACCCUCGUGCUGAAGAGAACUUCCAGCACUGGACAAUUGAUCACAAUGAAGGAGAUAAGUGGAAAAUUGAGGAGCUGCCUGGAGCUCAUGGAAGUCAUAUGCCAGACCCCAAAGUACAGAAAUACUUUGUCACUUCAUAUGGGCCAUGCUUCAAGUCUCAACUCAUUACCCUGGAUAAAGAAGGCUAUUGGAAUCAGCUGAUGGAUGAGAAACGGCCUGAAAUUACAGUCAAGGACUGGUACGCUGCCAGGUUUGACUGCGGGUGCCGCUACGAGCUCACCGUGAGGCUGCUCUCCAAAGACUACAUCGUCCUGGAGGAAUUCCGUCCCGAGCCAGUGGUCAUUGAGCAGUGGAGUGAUGCCCAGUGGAGAGAGAUUUCUCACACCUUCCAGAAUUACCCAGCAGGAGUUCGUUACAUCUGGUUCCAGCACGGAGGCCACGACACCCAGUACUGGGCAGGAUGGUAUGGCAUCCGUGUGACAAACAGCAGCAUCACCAUUGGGCCCCAGACCGCGUUGUGAAGCACUGUGGAAGGGUUUGCUGUUACCUCAGGACUGUAACCAAGUGGCCUCAGGUGCACUGUUUGCUUGUGCUGUCUGGGUCUGUCCUAGCUUUGUCUUGCAGCUCUUGUUCACAGUAGAACUUCAGCAGGCCCAGCCCUUUGGAAGGGUGUUCUGUCUUCAUCUUCCAUUCUCUUCUACCAAGGAUGCUACUGCAGUUACUGGUGCCCUUCCAGAGAAAAACUGGGACAAUUAAAUAUGAGAUCUAUCUUUUCUAGUUAAUACAUUAUUAUGCUAACACA